AUGAGUUUUAAGGGUCUGCAGAAGGGGUUGGCUCGCGCGCCCCAACAAUUCAAGGUGAAAUUCAACAUUGGCGAGCACACCAAGGAUGCCGUCUACAUCGACUCGGAACGGCGGUUCGACGAGCUCGAGAGCGAGACGAAGCGGCUGCACGAUGAGAGCCGAAAGUACUUCGACGCCAUCAACGGCAUGCUCGCGCACCAGAUCGCCUUCUCCCAGGCCAUGACCGAGAUCUACAAGCCGAUUAGCGGCCGGGUGUCGGAUCCGGACUCGCUCGUGGUGCACGGCAACCCCGAGGGCAUCCGGGCGUGCGAGGAGUACGAGGCCGUGGUCAAGGACCUGCAGGAGACGCUGGCGCCAGAGCUCGAGAUGAUCGAGAGCCGGGUGAUCCGGCCGGCCGACGAGCUGCUCGACGUCAUCAAGGUGAUCCGCAAAACGGCCCUCAAGCGCGAGCACAAGAAGCUCGACUACGACCGCCGCCGGGCCACGCUCAAGAAGCUGCAGGACAAGAAGGACAAGACGGCCAAGGACGAGAAGGCGACGUGGAAGGCCGAGAACGAGGUGGAGCAGUCGACCCAGGAAUUCAACUACUUCAACGACCUGCUCAAGGACGAGCUGCCCAAGCUGUUCGCUCUCGAGCGCGAGUUCAUCCAGCCGCUGUUCCAGUCCUUCUACUACAUGCAGCUCAACAUCUUCUACACCCUCCACGAGCGCAUGCAGCGGGUAGAUAUCGGCUACUUCGACCUGACGCUCGACGUGGAGGAGGCCUUCCUCAAGAAGCGCGGCGACGUGCAGGAGCGCGCCGAGGCCCUCUCCAUCGUCAAGUUCAAGACCAGCGGCCAGAAGCGCCCGCCCAAGUACGGCCCCAAGCCGCGCCCGGCCGCCCUCGAAGGGGGCUCCAACACCGCCGGCUUGCUCACCGCAGGGCCGUCCCACCCCUCCCCGACCCCGGAACUCGAACCCACAAACCCCUCCACCGGUGCCGCCGCCAUCCCCCUCCCCCCACCAGCCUCCACCUCCCCAGCGCCCUCCAAAUCCCCGGUACCCGCCGCCCUCCGCCCGACCUGGCAACCCCGCCAAUCCGAAGUCACCGACCACCCACCGCCACCCUAUUCCCCCGGCCUGCCGGGCGCCAACAGCAACAACGGCCCCGUAUCCCCCGCACUAGCGGCCGCCGCGGCCGCCAAGUCCAAGCCGCCCCCGCCCAAGCCCAAGCCCAGCCGGCUGUCGGCGACGCCCAAGGUCGAGACGGUCACGGCGCUGUACGACUACGCGGCGCAGGCGGAGGGGGAUCUGAGCUUUCGGGCUGGGGAUGUCAUUGAGGUGGUGGCGAGGACGCAGAAUGGGAAUGAGUGGUGGACGGGGCGGGUGGAGGGGAGGGAGGGGCAGUUUCCGGGGAAUUACGUGCAGUUGAAUCCGUAG